CAAAAACAAUAGUAAAUUUUUAUUACAUCGGGAACAGCAUUGACAUCGAACGUCAACAAAGUGUAAAAGCGUUUGCUGUUACAAUUCUCUUUGUAUAUAAAUAAUAAAGAUUUAGGAACUCUGAAGUGCAAUGCCGUUGGUAAAAGUAAUCGGCGCACAGCCAACCAUCGCGGCGGCGGCUGCAGUAGCGAUCGAAGCCGCCGCUUAUAAUAGACAGCAACCGGAUGAUAUUCCGGCUGAAGCGCUAAGGAAAUACAAAUUACCAGUGGUGAAAGUUGAAGAAGAAGAAGAAAUUCAGUUUUUUGGUAAAAUUCCACUGUGGCAGGACGACACGCCGGAGGGUGUACUCGCCAUGCGUAAAAUACACACUGACUUCAUAGUUGAGGUGCAUUUGCACGCGCUUGGCUACUUGGUUGUGAGCAUUACUCAGUGGAUAUUGAUAUAUAAAAUCGACGCAAUUGCCGAUUAUGUGAAAGCGCAUUACUGCAUUUCAUUGCUGCCGUUUGUCUUGAGUUUCACAAUGCUGAUCGCCUUGGUAUUCUUUUAUGAUGACAUAACGAAGGGGCGACAUAUGGCGGUAUUUUACUGUUAUACAGUAAUAAUGCUUGAGUUGUCCAGCGUCCCAGUAGCAAUGCCAUUGUCCUCAUACAAUUUGACUCAAUUGAUGAGUUCGGGUUUCAUAUCAACAGUUGUCAUAGUAGCAGGCAUCUUAAUCGCGCAUUCAAAAAAAGAUUUUUAUGUAUAUAAGCCGGCAUUUAUAUUCGCUUGGACAUGUCGUUGUUUUUUAGUCGCCUCAAUGGGUAUUACAAUUGGUAUAUCACUGCAAAGUCCUUACUUCGAUGUGGUUAUGACAUUAACAAUGACAUUUUUCAUGUCACUGUACAUCUUGAUGUGUGCGAAAGCUAUAAGCAGUGCCGAGUUUAUUUGGAUGGACACAUAUGGUCCGCAUAUGUAUGGAUCGUUGUUCUAUAUAAACUACAUGACACUCUUCUCGAUGAGCAUAUUACUCUUUGUGGAACUGGAUGCAGCAAUGAAAGUAUAAUACCAAUAGCCAAGAACAAAAAGAGAAAGAAAUAGUGUAUAAAGUUCAUCGACCCAGCUUCAAGUUAAUGAUUAUCUUUACGUUCUCUUCUUUUUUUUCUUCUUGUAAUUGUAUACAAGAAAAUUUCGUUAAAAUUUACACAAAAGUCAAACAACAGCUGUUCCAUAAAUAAAUAUGUUCCUCAUGUAUAUGUAUAUAAAUGUGUAUAUGUAUAUAUAUUUUUUACAUAUUGUAUUUUGCCAUGCUAUUACUAUUACUUAGUGGAGUAAUAAACGCGUUUAAUGUUUUCCAAAAUGUUGCUUAAUUUAUUUUGUAUGUGUAUAGUUUACAUUUUGUAAAUAGUUAUUUUUUGUUUCUCUCAUACACCGUUAGAAUAUGUAUAUUGUGUAAAUACUUCGAAAACGCUAAAAUCAGCAUUAAAGAAUUUUGUUUAUGUAAAUAUACAUGCAUAUAGAUAUAUAUGUAUGUAUGCUCUGUUUAUGCAUAUAACAGCAAUAUAGUUUUACAAAUCGUUUUAAUAUAUUGAAUAUGUAAAAAUGUCAAAUGGAUUUUCGGCUUUUUAACAAUUAAGAGUACGACAAACGUUUUUAUAUUACAAAACAAUUAAACAAACACAAAAUUAAACCAAUACUUUGUUUUGUUUUACAUUUCAAAUUACAAUUUCAUUCAGAUAUCCGUUGUAUAUGUAAGGCAUACAUUUUGUAUAUUACAAGUACUUGUAUAUAU